AUGUGGAAUGCGCUGCCGAGCCUCAGUCCGCGGCCCGACCCGUCGCACCUCAGGCGCCUCAAGCCCCUCACAUCCGAGCAGUACGAAGAACGGAGGAACAAAUUCAUACGUGCGAUUGACGAAAAUGCCAUCUGCACCCUGGCCUCAGCCCACAACAAGAACCUCCCGUGUCGUAUUGCCGAGUCGAGGACAGCCAACGGGAGCUUCAACAUUUGCUUCUUCCUCCACUUCCACACCGUUGACAAGACAUGGGUUGUCAGAGUUCCUCUAGAGCCUGUCCUUCAUAACGCCUGGGACAAGGUCCAGAGCGAGGUGUGUACAAUGCGACAAAUAUCCCCGUUCCCCGGGUCCAUGCGUACGGCCGCUACCGACUUCUCUGCAACGAGUCGACGAAACAUCAUGAUAAUGGAUUGUGUUGAGGGCGGGUCACUUACCGAUAAAAAGAUCCUCGAAAGCCCGCAGGAACGACGUCUUCAGUUCUAUACGGAACUAGUCGAUAUACUGGCCCAGUUGCGGACUUUGGAAUUUCCUGUUGGGGGGUCGCUGAUGCCGCAUUGGAGUGCCUGGUCGAAGCCUGCUGUCUCGGAGGUAUUGUCCAUCCCUCUUAAUCAGUUCCAGACGGAUGGGUACCCGACCUCGGUAAAAAGCACAAAGUCAGCGGUCGAGUUCAUCAAUGAACAGUACCGCAUCCUUUGGGAAACAUAUCUAUUGCCUGCCUCAGAUAUGUCACGGAAAGGCUUGGAAAAGGAGCUAUUUGCGCUUGAUGCCAUCAAGAAAUGGCUGCCCAAAUUGGAUGAUAACAAUACCCGCCGCCAGUUUGUUCUAGCACACACGGAUCUACGGUAUUCCAACAUCAUGGUGGAUGAUUUGCUCCAUAUUCAAGGUAUAAUUGACUGGGAGUGGGCCUGUACAGUUCCAACGCAAAUGUUCAUACCGCCAGCAUGGAUCAUUACUUCAGACGUCAUGUUUUCGGAGUUUCGUUGCGCUUUAACUUCGAGACGCGACUCCUCUGCAGGUCGCUCUUUGCUCAUGCACCAAUGGACGCAGGACAACGAGAUCAAUCUCCAUAUAACCAAUAUCCUACGACAAUCAAGCCAACUUACUAGCAUCUUUUAUCGCCAUAUCUACCCUAAACUGUUCACAGAAUCGCGAGACGUCAUAUUGAGCGAAUAUUCAACGACCAGGAGCGGAAGAUGGAAGUGGAAAGGCGGUUGCGUACUUCAGAGUGUUACACCCAAUACCUCAAGGAUAACAAUCUCUACGUAG